GUGGCCACACGUAGGUUCAUCCCGAAAGCUUUAAACCCAGCUCCUCUCUGAGGGCCCCUCACUCCUUUUGAAAGUCCAAAAAGGGCAUGCUGCUUGCUUCAGGAUAGGGAGGCUCCUGUUUUCCCCUUAGGACAAUGUAGUAGUACAUCUUUAUAAAACUAAAGCAUUAAUGUAAAGAGCUAUGUGAUCAUGAAAUGCUGCAAACUGGUUCUGUGGUGUGCAACAAAAAUAUGCUGGAAAUUCAUCGCAGGCUUUGCCCUGGCUUUGUGACCAGAGUCUAAAACAAUACAAGGCUGCUAUCAGAGAUCCAUUAAAAACCACUUCAUGGGUAUGGGGAGCAGGGUGGUAUGAUCAGGGGUUGUCUCUUUUGUGAAGUUUAUGGUUAUUUAAGUUGAAUGAGAGACACAAAGAGGAGUUGCUAGGUUUACUUCUAAUUUAAUUAGCUGUGAGAACUUCCAUCUCAAGUCUGUUUCUGGUGUGCUGUCUUGCAGGGCUUGCACACUUCUGAGACUCAAAAAGCUGACAUUUAAGUGUGACAAUGAAAUGUUUAACAACAAAGGAGAUCUUUAAGCAGGCUAGACAAAAAUUCCUUUCAGCUGCACAGCUUUUACUUUCACUUUUGGAUGACCAGUUUGCCCAGUUCUCGGUUGCUGUGCUUUCCGAAGUCGAGAAGGUUACCUUAUUAAUAACCAUAUUUUCUUAUUAAGUCUUGGAAUUCUUGGUAUUAAUGCUGAAUAAAAAGGCUGUGUGGGGAUAAGGUACAAUAAAACAUACUUGUGGUUCUUUUAGCACUGUAGAAGUAAAUUUCCAUUCUCUUGUGUUUGAAAGUAUGCAAUAUUUGGUUUUGUGAUCACUAGAUUUUUAUUUGUAGAAGUGCAUGUGUGUAUCUGAUGGCUGGACUUACACGUAUUAGAACUGCAUCAUUUUGGGUAGCAUCUCAGAAGUUUCUAUCCCAUUGAAAAAAAGAAUUUACAGAGCUUGAGUGGUGCUGAAAAAUGUUUUCAGUAACACUCUGCUGUGCUUGAAACUGUGGUCUGUUCUCUUCUUGAGUAGUUUUGAGUAUUCUUUAUUUUAUAGGAACUUGUGCAGUAUAUCUCAAACCCAGAUCUGAAUUUUGUGGGUGUGUGAAUCAACCUAUCGUCACUGAAUCAUCACUUUAAUCAUACUAACUUGACAACCAUUGUAUGCCAGCUUGUCUCAACACCGGACUGAGGUGCUCCUGAUCAACCAGAUCUUUCAGGAAUUUUCAGAAGAGACUUUGGUGGGUAAAAGAUGUGCCAUGGAAUGGUAGCACCAAAGAGCAACACAGGAUCGUCUCUUGCCUUGACUAGCCAUGGGUUAUUUCUUCUGCUAGUUAUCUUUGGUACCUUUGUCUUGGAAGCACAGGCCACAGGUUGGCUCAGCAAAUCCAAAGGACCUGCAUAUUGUCCCCAGCCACCACAGCCUGAGAAUGGAGGCUAUAAGUGCCACCCUAGUCCCUGCAACAACCCUCUGACAUCAGGCAGUGUCAUUGAGUAUCUCUGUGUCGAAGGCUACAUGCUGAAAGGAGAUUAUAAAUACUUGACCUGCAAGAAUGGAGAGUGGAACCCAGCCAUGGAAGUCAGCUGCAGGCUCAGCCCGGAAAAGGACUCUCCUCCAACAAUUGGAGUACCUACGUUGUCCAUAGUAGCCUCCACAGCAAGCUCUGUCGCCCUGAUUCUACUCUUAGUUGUGCUAUUUGUUUUGCUGCAGCCAAAGCUGAAGUCGUUCCAUCAUAGCAGGCGAGACCAAGGUGUGUCUGGAGAUCAGGUCUCCAUCAUGGUGGAUGGUGUCCAAGUGGCCUUGCCAUCCUAUGAAGAAGCGGUGUAUGGCAGCACAGGGAACUGCAUUCCACCCUCGGACUCCCGAGUGCAGAUUGUGCUCUCGGAGGGAGCUGGUCAGAAUGGAACCAGAGAAAUGCAACAGCAGGACCAAGGGGCUCGUAAUAGCUUUGAAAGAGAAGAUGAAGCCCCUGGACAUUCUGGACUGUGUGAAGCCAGUGGCUCUCAGCGCUCUGAAACUGUUCUUGUGCAUCAGGCUGCUACCUCUUCCUGGGUAGCUGGCAUGGCUAGCAGUAGACCUGUACACAAAGAGGUCCAAGAUUCAGAAAGCAGUGACAUACAGAGCCUUUUAUCACUCACUUCCUCUGAGGAAUACACAGAUGAUAUUCCCUUAUUGAAGGAAGCAUGAGGCCUGCUGUGUUUGUCUAGCCUUCUCCCUCUUGGAUUUCUUCCUCUUCUCCUCCCCCUGCCUUCAGGACAGAAGCACUCUGUGCAGCCUUCCCCAUCCUUGCGAGCUGUGCCCUGGAUACCUCCAAGCAGAGAUGCCCUCAGCUGAAGAUCCAAAGGAUGUCGCCAGGUUGCCUCCUGGAUGCACCAGUGGAAUUGGUGCAGUGCUGGCUUCCCCAUUCCAUCAGCAUCAGGGGCUCAAGGAACAGAGUGGAUUUGAGCUCUCCUCUCCUCUUCCCCAGCCAGAUGUUUGACAGCAGUCUCUGAAAAGCUGCUCUUUUCUUGUGCCUUUCUCCUCCUCACACCGGCUUGUUGCAGCUUAUCAGCCUCUAUAGCCCUUCCGCUGCCCAGAGAGCAGGGGCUAAAGCCGCUUGCUCACUGGGUGCAGACACAGUUUAUAUAUACAUAUAUAUGUUAUAUAGGCUCUUCUUCCGGCAUCCUCUUUGUGAUAGGGCAGGACAAAACGCCUCACUGGGACUGAAGCUGGGCUUGGGAGGAAUCCCAGUUAAGGGGCAGCUUGUGAUGUCCAGAAGCGCCUCGAAUGUGUGACAACUUAGCUGUGCAAUAACAGUUCAUUGAGAAUUGCUAGAGCGCUGAAGGCUGAGAAGUCCAACGUGUAGGAAUGCCCUCUGCCCCCUUUUCAAAACCAUCUCAGCAGGAGUCCAUUCCUGAAGAUCACUUGUGUGUUCUUCCUUCUCUGCCUGUGCAGCCCACUUGAUCAUGCCAUGUUUCUAGAAGCUGGGACUGUAACACCACCAAAGCAACCCUUUGAGCUUUGGUGUGGUGCCAGAACAGCUCCUGGUUAGGUUGUAGAAGAGCCUUGGAGAAUGGGCAGUGGUUAGCAGGGUCCAGAAAGCUUGAAGGAUGGGGCUUUCAGUUAACCGACACUGUGUUAACUAUGAGUUAGCCCCAUUCACUUGAGACAUCAGGACUGGCACCAAAUUUGUGGUCCUGCUCUUCUGAAUAAGCCGUGUGUCUCAAAGCUUUUUCAGUUAAGGUGGUUCUUCACUAAAGCUUAGGUUCCUUUGGUCAGAUCUUCGCUUUGAGAUCUAAUCUGGAAGUGGUUCAGGUAUUUGAAAAUGUCAGGAGAAAAAAUGCCACAGGUAGUAAAUGCCUAGUGCCACUGGCGCAAUCCCAGGUUACCUUUCCAGCCACACUAGGUACCUUGGUACCUGAAUCCUGGUUAGCUACCAUCUCAGAGAUUACUGUGUCUUCCUAGCUUCAUACAGCAAGAGUCUACUGUUGUAUCCUAAUGGGCUUCAGCAGGCCCACAGAGAAGGGCUCCUUCCUUGUGUCUGGCAGUAAGCAGCGUUUAUAAAGUCUCCUAAAUACAGCACAGUUGCCUGGUGCUGCGAGGGAAGGCUGGCUACAUUGACAGCAGUGCCAGAGGACACCAUAGCUUAUUCCUGAACCUAAGUUUUGAAGAUUGUUUUAAGUUCUGGUAACAGGGAAAAGAAAACCCAAAAAUACAUAUACCUCUGCCCUCCUCCCCCCCACACACCCUCCCAUCUACAGCAGGUCAGAACAUCCUGGUUGCUGUUAACAGCACUCUCAUUCUGCAGGAAGCCGCAUUCAUCUGGGGUAGGUGAUCCAGUCACAAAGGCGUUGUGGUGGUUGUAAGGUUCUUCACCAGAGAGGUCCGGACGCUGUUCCAUGGGAUUGGUUUCAGCAAGAAGAGUUGGCUUCUUAAAUGCACGUACCUUGUCAUAACUAUCUUGAAGUAACCAGGGAACUGUUUGCCCUGUGAGAAGCUGCUAAAUUUUUGAGUUGAAGGAGCAAAAUGUCAUGGUCUUACGCAUCGUGUGGUAAUGUACAGGUAAAUAGGGAUGCUGUCUUUGCUGCUUUGCUUUUGGUUUGUGAUCUUCACCAUCCUCACCCUUGUUGCUCCAGGAAUGUACUGUCACAGCACUUGGUAAAAGUGACGCAACACCUUUAUACAUAAAAUUACUGUGGCUUAGCUCCAGUUCCUGGAAAUGGGGAUUGGCCAUAGUAUCCAGCCAUUGUACCCACUGCUCCUGUUCCUGAUUAGCUGUUAAAUCCCAGGACACCUAGGACAGCAUUUGCCUGUGAAUGGAAAAAUCCUAUUUUCCCUGUCCUUGUUUUAGAGGGAUGUUAUUAAUUUAAAAAUACAGUAUUUUAAACUUCCUUCCUUGCUCAUUUUACCUUGCAUUAACACAGGGAUUUGAUAAAUCCCAUUUGGGUGGUUUGAGUAUUUUUUGUUCAGUUUGGAUGGUGAAAAUCCCAUGUCACUUUACAAUGGGCUGCAGUGUCUCAGCUUCAGGCACUGUAGGGGGCAAAUGUUGUUUACACGUCUGCUAUUGGAACUUUAGAAGAUAAGCAUGGGAACGCUUGUAUUUAGUUUUUACCUUCUACCUUGGAGAUUGUCUAAGCUUGAGCAAAUUGUCUCAUUCACUGGUUUAUCAGGACAAACGGAGGGAUUGAGCGAGUGCAGUGGUAAGGAAGGGAGUGUCGAGGGAAGAGUCUGAGCCUUCUUUCCUGCUACCUAACCAAGUUGGAGCAGGAGGAGUUGCUCUCUAUGCAUUUAAGGUCCUGCCUACUCAAACUGACACUCAGCAAUCAAGGUGUAGAAGUUGGGUACAUCCUGUUUUCCUGCAAGGGACAGUGCUUUAACUUAGUGUUGGCACCAGGUUGGUAGGAGAAUCCCACAAUGAAUCUGGAAGCUGAUCCCAAGGCCUGACCUUGACCUGGACGAGCGCCUGCACCACCAGCAGAAAGCACAUACUGGGUGGCCCUGCCUCACUCUGCUAUUGUGAAGCAAGCAGCUGCCAGUUUGGGAGGGAAAAACACAAUUUGGGUGGGGAGGAGAAGGAAGCGAGCCACACAGGCGAGGGAGCGCUUUAGUUUUGUUUCAUUUAUAGGAAUUUUGGGAAAUGCCUUUACUAAGGAGGGGGAAGUGCGGAGGUGGAGGGAAAUAUGCAAGCGUAGAUCUUGUGAUCAGCCAUAAACAGGCAGCUUCUGUUGGCUUGUUGAGGGUAAACCAGCAGCUCCCAGGCUGGUCUCUGGUGUGCUGGCUGGUAACCCCAGCUCACGCUUCCAGCUCCUGCCCAGGAGCCUGUCCCCUGCAGCAACACUUGUGGGAACCGGCCCCAGGCACCCGUGCAACCCAGAACAUGGAAAAUGGUUUGGGGGCAUCACAUUCCUCUUGCCCACGUUCCCAGCUGAAGAGUUUAUUUUCAUAUAAAGUGAGGUAGGAUGGCUGGGGAGAAACCUGAGAGAUGUCUGCUCAAUGAGGUUUUUUGAGGGAGGGGGGAGCAAGGCCUCACUUUCCUGAUUAUCAAGCAAUUGCUACUCAUUUGUGUUUGUCUUAAUUCUGUAGAGGCUGAAGGAUUGGGAAGGCUUUUGGGCUGAGAUAAAAAAAAAA